GGAAUACUCCAAUCAUGGCUUCUCCGAUGGAAAUCGCCGUUGUCGGAGCGAUAUUCCUCCUCGCUUGCGGUAUGAUCUACCUCAGAUCACCCACAGGCGGCAGAUAUAUACGUACUCCAGCGCUGGAGAAGGAAGGGCGCAAGGAAGGUGCUUCAUCUACCACACCAGAACGCGACCGAGCUUUCGGACACUGGGACCCAGUUCACUUCACAUAUCCAGUCCCUGAACCUUGCAGCCAUAGUCUUGACGAGAUGAAGCCCCUACCUUACCGGCCAUUCAGAUGGGGGCUCUACAACAUUACUAUGGGAAUCCGCCCAAUGCCAUGGCAGACCUGGAUACAGCUCGAUAGCGAUUUCAUCCGAUAUCAUCACAUACGUGCUCGUCGAAUACAGGACCUCGGCGAUCGGGUUGUGCGUACGCUGGAAGGUACUCCCGGCCUCGUCCGAGGAGGCGAAGGAGCCGCCAAAGAGCUGCUGUAUGAAAUUGCCGAAUUCGUAUCUCGUAGAUUUCCCUCUAUCUAUUCCAUUACUCGCCUGUCUCCGCAAAGAAACGGAGAAAGCACGGACUAUCAUGGAUGGUACGAUGAACCGAAGAUCAAGACGAUCACUGUCAUCCCUGUUGACAUCACAUACGACUUGGAGGCGGAAGAUCCAUUACGACUCGCAGCGCUGUUAAUACAAGACGAUCUUGCUAUCAUGAUCGAAGGUAACGACGGACAGUACUAUUUCCAAGCUGGAGCUAUAUGCGUAGCAGGUUCAUGGCGCUUGGAGGACAAGAUAGGCAUGGCCUUGGACGAAAUCCACACAAGCGGGGGCGUUCCGCAGUACGAGGAAAAACUACAGCGCAGUCUCAACCGGUUCUUCCGCCGCAUGACGGUCGAUAAGCCGGUUACACGAAACAACUACUUCAUCCAAGUGUGUGAAGACCACGACCGCACGUUGCAUCCCCGCAGUAUACAAGCAGAUACGCCAUUCAAGACGAUCGAUCCGGACGAGUUGGCAUGGUCCAGCACGACCCACGGUCCUGAGGAGCUGUAUGAUGACGGCAAACCUCACCCACAGAAGCCGUCAGAGGAAACUCUUGCGAAGCACAUCAAACCGUCGAUGAUACGGAUGCGUACCGAGCGUACAACACUUCGACGUCUGCCUAAGACUGGUGCUAUCGUCUUUACUAUCAGAUCUUACAUGUUCCGCGUGGAUGAACUGGCUAAGGAGCCUGGCGUCCCAGGACGUUUCGCUAGCGCUUUGAGGGGCUGGGGAGAGGAUAUCGCGCUAUAUAAAAAGCAGGCAUUAUACCGGGACGUUAUGCUCAAGUACUUGGAUGAAUGCCAUCUCCACCAGGUUCAGACUGGAGCAAUCCCUGAAGACGAUCGCUCUUCCAAUUACCCGUUCUAGAUCCGCAGACUGGUUACUGGAUGACUUGAAGAAGUUGCGUGUUGACGAAGACCCGUCUUGAUAAGGCGAUCAACCCCAUCAACUUUUGCAGGGUUGCAGAGUCUGGGCGGUGCAAUUAAACUACAACUGGCAUGACCCUGCGUCAUCAGACUUUUGAAUUGGAGCUAUGUUGGAUCAAAAUACAGUAGCUGCAACUGCAGACGUAGAUCCGCUCAUCGCGGAUUCCCAUCGUGAGCCCAGAGGCGGUGCGACCAUAUACUCGGCGGACACACUCCAUUACCCGUUCACCUCGCAGUGUCUCUGAACGCACAUUUACCACUGGAAAUCCAUGCAGUCGAUGCUACUCAAUGUGCUACCUCCAGAGAUACUCGUCCUUUGCUUCUCCUUUGCGUGCACGGAUGACGGCACCACCGGGCGUUCGUUGGCGCUCGUCUGUCACUACACCCGCAAUCUCUCGGACAACGUCCGUUUCCAAUCCGUCGCUGUCCUCGGGAUGCGCCAAAUUCUCUUGUUGACUGCCGUGCUUGCGGACCGAGCCUCUCGCGGGUCUCGGGACACAGUCCGCUCAUUGUUUAUAUCGGCCUUCGAUCGGGCAGGAAUAUUACCUUGGUCGAAAUACUUCAGCGGCAGGACGCGUCGACAUGAUGGUUAUAGGGGCAUACAUCACAUCAACUUCUCCAUCGCGACCAUCGAAAGAGACCGCGCAACGGCCGCUGUAUCGCAGUUGGUGAGGCUCGUCGCCGACGAGGUGCAUAGAUUGGCAGUACUGGGCGUAGAAUUGAAGAUUACUCUCAUUGGGCGGACAUUUCCUCAUCUAACCGAUCUUCAAACCACAUCGUUGCAACCGCCAUUCGUCACAACCUCCUCUAAUGCUAUGCACCCGCGUUUACCUUCAUUGCGCUGCAUCCAAGUCAGAAACCAGCAAGGAGGGGUGGACGCUCUGUUGCUUGCAUUGUCCUG